GGAGGAUUUCGAGGAAGCCCCAAUUUCCUUCAUCGUAAAGGUGUAAAAAGUACACCCGACCCGACCUGAUUCGAAACCGACCUGAAAAAUAUCCGAUUCAGAUUUAAACUCGCGUGGAUACAAUAAUUUGGCAUGACUUAACUUUAAAAAUUAAUCCAAUCCGACCCGACUACAUCGGACCCGACCUGACCAUAUUAGAUCUGAUCCGAACAUUCGAAUCGACACCUCUACUUCGUCGUGUCUACAAUAUUAACACGGAUGACCCGUGCACCCGUCUAACCCUCCAACAUUAAUCCGCAAUGUCCACUCCUCCACGGCCCACGUUUUUCAAACCUUCCCUCCCAAACCAAUAAAUCCAAAAAACAUUCAAACAUUUCAAAAAAAUAUGCCAUCUUUCUCAUUUCAAUUUCUUUCCAUAACUCAACGUUACAAAAUCUCUUCCUAUCCUUCAAUUAUUACAACAACAUUAAUUCAUUCCUUCAUUCAAAUUCAAUUCAACCUCAUUUUCGCUUCAAUUCAUGGAAGCCGCCAAAGUUGAAACAGAGGCGGCUUUCAAGCCGGCUCAUUUGGUAACUUUCUCUCCAACACCCUCUUCAAAACUCAACAAUCGGCGUCUCUCAAGCCAAUUCUCCAAGCCGAGUAGCCCAAUUCGAGCCGGCGCAAAGAAAAAGACUUUAGCUUGGGUUUCUCUCCAAGGUCGGCUCGUUGGAGCCGAUGAAGCUACCUCGGCUCAAGCCAUUGACGGCGGCUUAAGCCGAGAGGAAGCCGUGGGGUGGGAACUCUUUAGCCCUAUUCAUCGUGUUCUUAUUGUUGCUGUUGUUGCUGUUGCUGCUGCUAAAUGUGAGAAGAAUCGCCAGAUUUUCCAACUCAGAAAAUGUGUUCAACUCAGGGAUGAUAUAUUGAUGAGAAUGCAGCAAAAGCUGGAUGAAUUGUGUGAUCAAAUGAAUACUAUGAAAGUUCAGCCUCAACUAAUAGUUGAUUCUUCAGCAUCCAAGAUAAUGGAUUUUUCGUCUAGAAGAUCAUCUUUGGCUAGCAAAUCUGACUCCAUGUGCACAGACUGCUGGUUCUGUGAUCAACGCCGAGCCGAGUUGAAUGAUGUUUCAGGAAACUCACUGGUGAAUGCUGCUAGUGGUGACGAGAUGUUUAAAAAUAGACUGUCCAUUUCUAAUGAAGCAGAGCAGGAGGAACGUCGUAUGUCAGAUUUGUCUGAUUGGGCUUCAAGUGUCACUUCAGUGGCAGAUUUACAACUGAAUAACUUAGCAAUAGAGCAAGAUACUUAUAAUCUCAAGAGGGAAUGUGAAGAAAAAGAUGCUGCUAUAAAGGAGCUUUCUUCUUUUAUUCGUUCAAAAGAUGUUGUCACUUCUAAAAGAAUCGAAGAACUUGAAGAAGUUAUUCGUCGAAAAUGCACAAUUAUUACUAAGUUGAAAAAGGACUUGAUUGUUCUGGAACAGAAGGUGGUGAACUUAACAAGAGCCAAAAGGCGGUCAUUCUGUGGGCCGACCUUGGAUAAGAAACAGCUACCUACAAUGUCAGAUAAUCUGCUUUAUGAUAUGGAUAGUCCUUUAUCUUCUGAUGAUUCAGACUGCACCUCUGAGAAGAAGCAGAAUGCCUCUAGUAUUGUUGAAAGUCGAGUAGCAGUAAAGGCCUCCACAAACACCCCUCUCCUAAACAGCUCUUCUUCAAGUGAGAAAGUGUCAAAGAUAAACCAGAACUUAUCACUUGCAAAAGCUCCAUCGCCUUCUAAAAAGCUUUCUCUUCAGGUCCUGAAAUCCAGACCAGUGAGUCCCCUUAAGGAGAAAUCAUUGAAUCAAACUCAUUCUUCAGCAGCUUCUCCAAUGCCAAACAAGAUGUCUGCAGGACGUGCAGGUGUAGGUUCAAAAACUAACAGAAGACGAACUCAUAGCGGAUCCAAAGAUGUAGCCUCAUAGAAGCGAUGGAUGUAGUAUGAUGUCCAUGAGUUAAAAAAAUCUGAUGAAGAAGAAGAAUCGACGGUCCCUAAAGUGCAGAAUCCUUGGUGAUGUAUUAAAGAAGCAAAGAUGAUCUAGAGCAGAAGGCACAUAUAUAUGUAGAACUUGGAAUUUGUAAUGAUAAUAAUUUGAUAAUGCUACAACACAGAAGAAUGUGUUCUUGUUUAGUAGUAAGUUGGUAAGCUGUGGUAAACUGUGUACUCAUAAGAGUAUAAGGCCAUCUUUAUUAGUGGUAAAUCUGGUGAUAUAUAUUAUA